AUGGAGAAUAGUUUAUGCAAACAGGUGUUGUCCGUGAGUACGAAGUUUUUGGUAAUCGCAGUGAUUUCUCAGACUAUGGGUUUUGUCAACGUUACUCCAGCGUAUGAUGAACAUUCCACAAGAGUGUACAACGUAGGCGUUCUUAUGGCUUCUCGCUUGAAUAGUCCUUUCGAUCUGGAGAGAUGCGGUCCAGCCGUCGACUUGGCUUUGGCCGAAGUGAAUGACUUCUUAAGCGUGCACAACGUAAAGUUGCGCAAGGUUCAAGGAAGCUAUCCAUCGUGUAGUGGAUCCGCGGCACCAGGUUUAGCCGCUGACAUGCACUUCCGGGCGAACGUGAUCGCGUUUAUCGGUCCAGCCUGUGCUUUCGCUCUGGAACCCGUGGCAAAACUCGCCGCCUAUUGGAACACUCCCAUAAUCACUGGAAUGGGUGACCAACCGCCAUCGGAGGAAGAACUGUCCGUAACAUCGGGUAUCCUUGGGAGAAUCAAUAAAUGGAAGAACGAAAGCUCGGGAAUCUUCAAAGACAAAAGCAAAUAUCCAACUCUAACAAGGAUGUCUUAUUGCCAGUGUCGACUUCGACUGGUAUUCUCUAGUAUAUUUAAAGAAUUUGGAUGGUCCCACGUAGCACUGAUAUUGGACAGAUCCGAUCUGUUCUCGUGGACUGUCGGGAAAAAUUUGGAAUACGGUUUAAGAAAAGAAGGGCUGUUGAAGUUCGUGAGAGAACUGGAUGGAAAUUCCGAGGACGAAUCGUACCAUUAUUAUUUGCGCGAUGCUAGUAUGUAUGCACGAGUGCUGAUCCUUAGUGUUCGAGGAACUCUGGUUAGAAAGUUCAUGUUGGCUGCUCACGACUUGGAAAUGACGAGAGGAGAUUGGGCGUUCCUCGAUGUUGAAAUAUUUCAAGGAGCCUAUUGGGGUGACCACGAUUGGCAGGUUGACGACGAGGAUGAUGCCAUUGCUAGAAAAGCGUACGAGGCACUGCUCAGAGUAUCUCUUUUACAACCAACCAGUCCGAGAUUUCAAGAUUUUGCUGACACUGUUCGCCAAAGAGCUCAAACCGACUACAAUUAUUCUUUCUCGGAAGGAGAAGAGGUGAAUUUCUUUAUCGGAGCUUUCUACGAUGGCGUAUAUUUGCUCGGAAUGGCAUUGAACGAAACUCUGUCCGAGGAUGGAGAUAUCACAGACGGCAUAUCGAUAACGAGGAGAAUGUGGGACCGAGACUUCAUUGGUAUUACGGGGCACGUGAGGAUCGACGACAAUGGAGAUCGCGACGCGGACUACAGUAUCCUGGAUUUAGAUCCUAUCACGGGAAGGUUUGAAGUCGUUGCGCACUAUUUAGGAUUAAAUCGAGAAUAUAGUCCCGUGGCUGGGAAGAAGAUUCAUUGGCCCGGAGGAAGAGAAGGUCCUCCUGCCGAUGUUCCGGAGUGUGGAUUUCUAGGAAACGAUCCUUCUUGCACGUCCAGGACUGAAGCGUAUACUUUUGUCGCUUAUACCAGUUUGGCCCUCGUUGUGUUCCUACUCGUUGCUGUUACCGCAAUAUGUGUGUUGUACAGACAUUUAAGGGUGUCGGCUGAUCUGAACAACAUGUCCUGGAGAAUCAGACCCGAAGAACUGCUUCUAGAAAUAGGGAAACCGUUCUCUUCGAAAAUUAAUCUACACCAAGCGAUAGCUGAGGUGAAUAUCGACGAGUCGAACGAAGAAAACAUAAUAAAAUCAACUCUGUUUUUACAGAAUUUUGGAUUGGAGCAGCGUAUUCGUCGUGGAUCGCAAUUCAGCUGCGAAUCCUUACCUCCAACUACGGUAUUCACCACCGUUGGAAUUUACAAAGGAGAAAGAGUGGCUAUUAAAAAAGUCACUAAAAAGAAAGUAGUUGACGUCACCAAGAAAUUAUUAUGGGAGAUUAAACAAGUUCGAGACGUUACAUCGGAAAAUACUGUCAGAUUUAUCGGCGCUUGUCUCUGUUCUCCAUCACCGACCGUGUUAAUCUUGACAGAGUAUUGUCCUCGAGGUUCCUUGAAAGACGUCCUAGAGAACGAAGCUAUUAAAUUGGAUUGGAAUUUUCGAAUGUCUCUGAUCCACGACAUCGUUAAGGGAAUGUCUUAUCUUCACGCCAGCGAGGUAUCAGCACAUGGAAAGCUUCGAUCCUGCAACUGCUUAAUCGAUGGCCGUUUCGUUUUAAAAAUUUCAGACUUUGGUCUCAAAACACUCACUACCCCGUCUGACUUAAUAAUGGAUGAUAAUUAUUAUACCAAAUUGCUCUGGAUCGCCCCGGAACUGUUGUCAUUAACCGUGACACCAGGCAGUGCAGCAACUCAGAAAGGGGAUGUUUACAGUUUCGCGAUCAUCCUAGAGGAAAUCGUGGUUCGUGGUGGCCCAUACGAAUCUGUGAAAUCGUUUAUGACUUCCCAAGAGAUCGUCGGCCGGGUUGCAGCAUCAGAAACGCCAUCAUUCAGACCGGAAGUGACACCAAAAGACUGCCCACCCGAUAUCUUAUCCCUUAUGGAGAAAUGCUGGAACGAAAUCCCAGAAGAACGACCAACAUUUCAUGCAAUUCGCGAAACUAUACGUGGCAUUAUGAAAGGCUACUGUGAAAAUUUAAUGGACGAUCUAUUAAGACGUAUGGAACAGUAUGCGAAUAAUUUAGAAGCCCUUGUAGAGGAGAAAACGGAACAGUUAAGUCUAGAAAAACGACGUAGCGAAGAACUUCUGUAUCAAGUGCUUCCAAGGCAAGUGGCGUGUCAGUUAAUGGCUGGAGAGCUGGUUCAACCAGAACAAUUCGAAUGCGUGACAAUUUAUUUCAGUGACAUAGUUGGUUUCACAGCUCUCUGUGCACAAAGUACACCAAUGGAAGUGGUGGAUUUUUUAAACGACCUCUACAGUACUUUCGAUCGCAUCAUCGAAUUCUACGAUGUUUACAAGGUGGAAACAAUAGGAGAUGCAUACAUGGUAGUGUCCGGCUUGCCAGAAAGAAACGGCAAUGAACACGUGAGAGAAAUUGCCCUGAUGGCUCUAGCGAUUCUCGAUUCUGUACGUUCCUUCACUAUAAUGCAUAAACAGAAUGCACAGCUCAGUGUUAGAAUCGGUGUACACAGUGGACCUGUUUGCGCGGGUGUAGUUGGUCAAAAGAUGCCACAUUAUUGUCUUUUUGGUGAUACAGUAAAUACCGCAUCAAGGAUGGAGUCUUCGGGACUACCGCUACGCAUACACAUUUCUGAAGCAACAAAAUGUAUAUUGGAUAAGUUUGGAACAUUCGAUUUGGAGCUCAGAGGUGAAGUGGAAUUAAAGGGGAAGGGGCGAGUAACUUCUUACUGGUUAAGGGGUUGCUCCGAACCAGAUCUAAGGCCACCAACACCGAAAUACCGGAAACACAGCGUUAGUACGCCGGACAAUAAUUUAAAUCCUCUGAUCUUCCCGCCUAAUAAUACAAAUGGUGCAAAAGCCAACAACAAUACUUUCAUUAAUUUAUCCGAAUUACAGCAGACCGUGUAAUCUUCGUAAAUUUAAAGAUAAAGUGUAAAAAGAAUCAAUGUUCCAUGGUAAAUGUUCUUACGAUUUAAAAUUAAAGCUAGGACUCGUAAUUAUAAUAAAUUUAUUUUAUUUUUUCCUAUUACUAUAUGUCGAUUCGGAAUGUUUACAUCAAUAACAUCUAAUUUAUACGUAAAUAGAAGAAUCUAUAAUAGGCUUUUGUCGUCAGGCGUGUAUAUUAAAUUGUCCAUUUCGAUCGACAUGACUUUUUGAAAAAUUGGUAAUAUCAUUUUUAUUCUGUUUGUGAAACAGUUCUAUUUACCAAUGCCAGCGCAAUUUAAUAUACUUGUCUAACAACAAUGAUCUGCGUAAAGCUCCAGUAAAUUGGAAGAGUCAAC